GUCUCUUCUUCGUCCUCCGAAUUCACUGACCAGUCGCGAUGGCGUCAAGCAUAGAACUCAUUAACCCCAAGGCCGAGAGCGUUCGUCGUGCAGCGGCGCUCCAGGUCAACACCAAUGGUGCCAUGGGUUUGGCAGCAGUGGUCAAGGGUAACCUCGGCCCAAGAGGAACUUUGAAGAUGCUCGUCGAUGGUGCCGGCCAGAUCAAAAUGACAAAAGAUGGCAAAGUCCUCCUCACCGAGAUGCAAAUCCAAAACCCCACCGCCGCCAUGAUUGCCCGUGCCGCCGUCGCCCAGGACGACCAAGUCGGCGACGGAACCACCUCUGUCGUUUUACUCGUCGGUGAACUCUUGAAGCAAGCCGAUCGGUAUACAUCUGAGGGCGUCCACCCGACCAUCGUUGCGGAAGGUUUCGAUCUUGCAAAGAAAGAGGCUCUGAAGUUCUUGGACACUUUCAAAGUCCCUACCAAGCCAGAUCGAGCAACCUUGAUUAACAUCGCCAGAACGUCUCUGGAUACCAAACUGUCCUCUGCAUUGGCCAAACAGCUCGCUGCCGACGUUGUCGAUGCCGUUCUCACUAUCCGUCAACCUCCUCCUCCAAGUGACGCGCUUAACCAGUGGAGAGAGCCCAUCGACCUCCACAUGAUCGAAAUCAUGAAAAUGCAACAUCGAACGGCAUCCGACACUCAACUUGUCCGGGGCCUCGUCCUCGAUCACGGUGCUCGUCACCCCGACAUGCCAAAGCGUGUCGAAAAUGCGUACAUUCUCACCCUGAACGUCAGCUUGGAAUACGAGAAAACCGAGGUCAACUCGAGCUUCUUCUACUCCUCCGCUGAGCAGCGAGAGAAACUCGUCGAGUCCGAGCGCAGAUUCACCGACGCAAAGUGCAAAAAAAUCGUCGAACUCAAAAAUCUCGUCUGCGACCAAGCUGUUGGGUCGAAUGAGAAGCCCAAGAACUUUGUCGUCAUCAACCAGAAGGGUAUCGAUCCUCUCUCCCUCGAUAUCUUUGCCAAGAAUGGUAUCAUUGCGCUACGCCGCGCUAAGCGUCGAAACAUGGAACGUCUCCAAUUGGUCUGCGGCGGUGUCGCACAGAACUCUGUCGACGAUUUGACGCCAGAUGUUCUCGGCUGGGCUGGUUUGGUCUACGAACACACGCUGGGAGAAGAAAAGUACACAUUUGUCGAGGACGUCAAGCAGCCCAAGUCCGUCACUCUUCUUAUCAAGGGCCCCAACCAGCACACCACACAACAAAUUCAAGACGCCCUUCGAGAUGGUCUUCGGGCUGUCAAGAACGCGAUCGAGGACGAGGCAUUGAUUCCAGGUGCCGGUGCUUUCGAGGUGGCCUGUUCGGCGCAUUUGAGCGGCCCUGUGAAGAAGGCUGCAAAGGGACGUGUCAAGAUGGGUGUUCAGGCGUUCGCCGACGCAUUGCUUGUCAUUCCGAAGACCCUCGCUGCAAACGGCGGUUUCGACGUCCAGGAUGCAAUCGUCGCUCUUCAGGACGAACAGGCAGAAGGAAAUGUUGUCGGCCUCGAUCUCCAGUCAGGCGAGCCGUUUGACCCAACGGUCGAGGGCAUCUGGGACAACUACAGGGUGAAGAGGCAGAUGCUCCACUCAUGCUCUGUAAUCGCCGUCAACCUUCUCUCAACCGACGAGAUCUUGCGUGCAGGGCGCAGUUCGUUGAAGCCUGACGGCCAAUAG